AUUGAUUUCCAUGGUGUCGCUCGUGGACCUCGUGUACCUGUUUUCAACAAUAGACAAGGAACUUGGAGCUCGUUGUAUCCUUAACCUCACUUCUCGCGCUACCGAUUGUUGUAUCUGUAAACAAUGUACAGCAACGACAGCGAUGACGUUCUUUGUUGUCCUUACAACAAGUGUCAUCGCAUACCUAGCACGAGAUUUCAACGACACCUCGUGAAGUGCGAGAAGAACUUCCCGCCCGACUACAAGGUUAUCUGCCCGUACAACGCAACUCAUCGUUUCAGCAAAAGCGAGAUUGUGGAACACAUCACGACGUGUCCCAUGAGAAGGACUGUCGAGGGGAGUUACAUUCAGCAUACGAGUACUCGGAGAGUUGGAGCGGGACAGGAUGAUUCUAUGACCGACUACAACAGCUACUGGGCAAGCGAGGAAGAGGCGUAAGAACCGGAACCCGUUGUCCCUUCAACCUCCGCAUUAACGAGUCAAACCUAUGGGUGGGAGACGAUGCGAAACUAGUUAACACAGCGCGAAUUGGGAGGCGACAGGACAAUGCCACGCUGAAUCAUAUAAGAUAGAAUAUAGAUUACGAUUACACGAACAGAGCGAUCACAAAGAGAUGAAGAAACGAACAUUCAUUUUUAGAUGAAGAAACGAACAUUCAUUUUUAUUUCCCUCCCCCGAGACGAGAGGAUUCGUUAAUGUAGACAAUUUUUCGAAGCAACAUUUACAAGCGGCAAAUAAAGGUUUCUUUUGUGUUUCGCUCAGACGCUUUUAUUUCACAUAAA